GUUUAUUUUUUCAAAAAUGCUCAAUUACAUGACUGAAAUGCAGAAUGUGAUGAAAUUAAUAUAGGCUGUUGUUUAAGUUUAUGUCUUACACAUCAGUUAUUCCCCCCAUUUCAACCAAGGGAAUCUUAACAAGCAUAUUUUUAUUAUGCAGAUUUUUGUAUAGUUUAAUUGAAGCACAUUAACAGAAGUUUGUCCACAACUGUCGUAAUUCUGGUCUACAGGCGGGUUUUGCAAUGAACAGCACAACACUUAGGUUGAGAAAAUAGUUUGUGGUUAUGCUCAGGAAGCCUCAGAGCAUAGAAAGAAAAAGACUGCAUUUCCUGAACUUCCUUAACCACCCCCCCCCACCACCACCACCACCCCCCUAAGCUGUCAGAAAUAGAACGAACUAUAGGAGAUACAUAGAAUUCCUUACUCAGCAGUACAUAUGUUGACUUCCUCUGUUUGGCCAACAUCUCGACAUCAAUUUUUAGUGGUCGCUUUUUUAAGAUGAUGUGUGUGUAGACGGCGCUGGAUGUGUUUGUCUCUGCCUUUACUGACUUGGCUUACAAAAUGGACCAAACUUAUUGAAAGCAGAGAGCAGAGGGAAUGACCCGCUCUUCUACAUUCAGCUUUUAUGCAACACAUACCUGGAAAAUGAUCAUGGAAAUAUUUGUUUUUCAUCUUGAGUAAAUACAGUUAAAAUCAGUGCAAUUAAAUAGUCUGGCUAAAUUAGCUCUAUAAGGCCAGAAAACGAAGAACAUUAAAGGUUAGAAUCAUUGACUGAUCUCUAUUUCCAAUAUGACAGAGAACCUAUAUGAGAUUAAUGACCUAACUAAUGGCAGUAACAGCUUAACUCUUACAAGAUCUGGUUAUGGUAUACAUAGUACAUCAUUACAACCAUCACCAGUGUCUCCACAUGUUAACCAAAAGUAUAUGCCAUCCCCUACCACUCCACAAAAUGAGCUUUCUCCACUACUUGAAAUAUCACAAGAUGAAGGUUCUUGGGAACAUAAUCAGCUUGAGAAGUCAGCAUCUUCCAUGUUAAAUGAGACUAUGAAUUCCUAUUUUGUCUACCCCUUUAAUGUUGCUGAAGCUUUACACGGACUGGAUUCAUUUUCCAAGGCCUUUCCUGGAAAAAACCCAAAUACUGUUUUUGGUAACAGUGUAGGGGAAAAGAAUUCAGAAGACAAUCAAGUGUCAGAGAUUUUGCUGUCACCCCAGAGAGGAACACCUUCAGCUGCGUCAGAUAGUGAGCCCUUUAGUCCUGUAACCAUGCAGAGUAAUUCACAGCAGUGCCAUAAUCAGCUAAUGCAUCAUCCAAUAGACAGCCAAAAUAUGGCUCAUAAUCCCUACCAAAGCCACCAGCAAUAUUAUGGAUAUCAACAUCACAAACCACAGCUGAGAGAGAACAAUCCAGUGCCGUUAUACAAGGUACCCUUCUAUAAGUCGCAGAGCCAGUAUGUUCUCCAGCCGCAUGGAAAUCAAAUCCAUCAGCAGCAGCUUACUUCUUAUUCAUUAGCCCAGCAAAAGCAGCAAAUACCACUAGAUGUUCAGGAGGGCCAUGAGUCCAUUGGAUCACCAACCGAUAGCUACACUGAGGACUAUAAAACAUCUGAGCAAACAGUUUUCCAGGCUGGUCUACAAACUUCCCAUUUCCAGGGGUCACAAAAUUUUCUCUCACUUUCCCACCAGAGUAAUCUCUACCAGCAGCAGCAAACUAAUGAGCUAUCACACUCAUUCCCUUUUAAGCAAAAUCCUUCUUUUGAAGAUCACUUGGGAUCAGUAGACAUGCCAGGAUAUUCCAAUCUAAAGGAGGAGGUUUAUAUGGAUUUAAACUACCACCACAAACAGGAGGAUUUCUAUAGUUCCCAUUAUCAAAGUGUGGGGUCAGGGGCCAAUCAGACUGCUCCGUCACCAGCUCUGAGAGGAGGAGUAUUUCAUCACCUUAACUCUUACAGACCACCUUGUGGACAGACGCGCUCAUCAGAUGGCCAAGAGGACCAACUUUUAUCCUACUACAGGACUGAAGCACUGAGACCUGAAGGGGCAAAAACAAAGCUGAAAUGCAUUUUAUGCCUCCGUGAGUUUAAGAGCUUGCCAGCUCUUAAUGGCCACAUGCGUUCCCAUGGCGGAUUCAGGACACAUCCCACAACACUCAAAACUGAUUACUCAGUUCCCUCCAGGCUUCCAAAUAACUUUCAUAACUACCUGAGACAUACUGAUUUGGAUGACUCAGAUGAGAGUCGUCCACAGCGACAAAAGGUUCUCACUUCACGUGUAAAGAGUUCAGUAGGAGUUGGAGAAUGUGCAGCAAAGCAAGAGAAAAAGCGGUAUCGCCACUGCCUGGUGCCACUUGUAAUUUCACCAUGUGACGCUGGUCUCGAGUCCAGAGGGCCGGUGCUUUUCCAGAGCCAGCUGCGUUCACCAGGCAGCUGUGGAGAUGACGUUCCAUACACUCCUCCACCGAUGCUCAGCCCUAUACGUCCUGGCUCUGGCCUUUUCAGUAGUGUUAAUGCAGGGCACCCAUGCACUGAAGCACAGAAUGUUCCACGAGUUCACUUGUGCAAGGACAGUGAAAAAUAUGACUGCAAUGCAACAUUAGAUCCAGGGGAUAAAUCAAGUAGCAUUAAACCCCGGAUCAAUAUUGGUUGCGAUUUUCAAGCAGACAUUCCAGAUAUUCAGAGUCGCUCUAAAUUGACAAAGGACAUCCAUAAGGCAAACCUGCUGUGGACACCCUGUUAUUUGGAUACCCCUGAGAAGCAGCAGAGAGUGGAUGAUCUUCUGAAGAUGGCAUGUUCCAGUGUGCUUCCAGGAGGAGGGAUGAACACAGAAUACACUCUUCAUUGUCUUUUUGAGUGUAGUGGUGAUAUCAUGACAACCCUGGAGAAACUACUCUCACUGACAGCACUGAAUCAUGUAUCCAGCCGUCACACAAAUUACCAUUAUGCUGGAUCAGAUAAAUGGACUCUGCAAGAAAAGAGACAACUAAACAAGGCCCUAUUAAUUCACAACAAAGAUUUUUACCUAAUUCAGAAAAUGGUGAAGACAAAGUCAGUACCUCAGUGUGUCGAGUAUUACUACACAUGGAAGGAGAAGCUUCGACUGGGCAGGAGAUUUAGCACAGGUCCAAUAACACCAGGCCAAGUGAAAACGAAUAAGGGUCACUUGAAGGAAGGCAACACCAGACAACCUGCACAUGAAACAAAGAACAAAACUGUAGCGCUGGAAUUUUCUGAACUGUCUGACAACGUCAGUGGUGCAUUAGUUUGUGAAGUACCCAGAUCUGGGCCUAUGUUUAAUGGGAAUGAAUGGAACCAAAGUAAUAUAAGUGGGCUGUGUAAUUCUCCAGCUGAACAUAACAGACCCAAAUCAGCUCAGCACUUUGCACCAGGCUCUGUAAAAAGCUCACCUUCAAACAGUUCAACAAGUGGAGACACUGACUCAAAUCUCAUCUUCCCCUGCACUGAAUGUGGAAAAGUGUUUCUUAAGGUGAAAAGUCGCAAUGCUCACAUGAAGACUCAUCGCCAACCAGACGAUCCACAGUUUUGGCAGCUUCAUAGCCUUCCUGAACAGGAAAACAAGACAAUGACACCUGCCAGCCCUACUGUUGGACUACUUCAACUACCCCUAACUCCUCAUUCUCUUGCAGCAAUAAUGGAGACAUAAAACCAUUAUACAUUGCAGAAACCCUGCAACAAGCAGAGUGCCUCUUACAGUGCCAGAAUCUUAAAGAGUAAUAUGGUGACCUCUGCUGAACUGGACCAAACUAAGUGGAACUGAUGUUUAAUGAGUCAGGUGUCAAAAUUCUGUCCAAAAUAUGAUUGUUCAGAGAUCUUAUGAAACAAAUGUCUAUGAGGCUUAUUAAUAGUAAGAUGCCAUUUGUUGGUGUAAACCAUGGAUCAGUUAUUUUAGUCCUCAGAAUAUCUUUAUUAACUUAAAGAGAUGCACUAUAGAUAAAACUGGCCCAACUGGCCAAAUGUCAUUAUACUAGGACUUGUUGUUGUGUCAGGUCUUGCAGUGUAUAAAGUGUGUUGUGUGACCAAAAGCACUGUACAAAUAAAACAACUACGUUUU